CGGAUCAAACGUCAUCCUGAUGGCUCAAUUGACCGGUACAAGGCUCGUUUAGUGGCCAAGGGCUUCCAUCAGCGCCCUGGCGUCGAUUAUCAUGACACUUAUAGUCCAGUUCUCAAGCCUGUCACAGUUCGAACUGUGUUUACCAUUGCUCUGUCCCAUUCUUGGCCGAUUCUUCAAUUCGAUGUGAAUAAUGCAUUCUUGCAGGGUCCCUUACAGAAGGAGGUGUUUAUGGUUCAACCACCGGGUUUUACAAGUACUCAUUUUCCCUCUCAUGUGUGCCGCCUUAAACAGGCUAUUUAUGGCUUACGUCAAGCGCCCCGGUCUUGGCAAUGAUUCUAGCUUCAUUCGUUCUUUUCAACAAGCAUUGGCGAC